CUACAUAAAAAAAGAGCUGAAGAGACAGCUGUUUCAAGGUAUAUAAUCCAGAGACUCUAUAGAAUAUUUCUACCUCUGGCCAGUCGAAAUGUAGAGCGCUUGCCGUGAAUGACAAAUGGCACCACAAAUCCCCAUCCUAUUCCGUCAGUCUGUUUCAAGAAGACGUCAUAUUCGUCCGCAUUGAGCCAGGGAACUCUGGCCUGAUGUUAGCUGGUCACCAAGGCAGAGAGACUUGUACGUCAAAUUGACGUUACUUUAAGAUCCCGGCUUUGAUUCCCUGUCUUCCAGACGUCGCUCAAUUAUAAAGUAGACAUCUUGACCAUAGAAAGUUCCUUUAUCAGUACAUCAUCGACUCGCCAGCUAGGAUUGAGCCCUCAUUACGCAUAAUUACUCGAUAAUAUUCGGAAGAUCGCACAAAAUGACAAAGUUCAAGCUCAACACCGGCGCGGAGAUUCCCGCCAUCGGCUUCGGAACCUGGCAGGAUGAGCAUGCCCAGGAAGAUGCCGUCACAGAAGCUCUCAAAGCAGGAUACCGCCAUAUUGACACGGCGAGAGUAUACUUGACCGAAAAGGCUGUAGGACGAGCAAUCAAGAAGAGUGGUGUGCCUCGAGAAGAGCUUUUUGUAACGACCAAACUCUGGAACAACAAGCACCACCCCGAUGAUGUCGAGGGAGCACUCGAUGCUUCCCUCGCCGACUUGGAGUUGGACUAUGUCGACCUCUACUUGAUGCACUGGCCAGUAGCUUGGAAACGGGGCGAUGAGCUCUUCCCCAAGGAAAAUGGGAAGUAUGUCCUGGAGGACAUUGACAUCGUGGACACAUACAAAGCCAUGGAGAAAUUGCUGUCUACCGGCAAGACCAAAGCGAUCGGCGUUUCAAACUUCUCCAAGGCAGAGAUGGAACGUUUGAUCCAGAACACCUCGGUCGUGCCGGCCGUACACCAGCUUGAAGGUCAUCCUUGGCUGCAGCAGCGGUCCUUUGUCGAUUGGCACAAAUCAAAGGGCAUCCACGUCACCCAUUACUCUCCCUUUGGCAACCAGAACGAGAUCUACUCCUCAAAAGUCCAGAUUGGCAAGCUGAUUGACGAGCCGGUAUUGGUCGAAAUCGGGAAGAAGUACAAUAAGUCUUCCGCACAGGUUGCUCUUGCCUGGGGUGUCACACAGGGCCAUUCGGUACUGCCGAAAUCCAAGACCCCAUCUCGAAUCAAAGCCAAUCUCGAGGGCGACUUCCACUUGAGUGAUGAAGAUAUGAAGAAGAUUCAAGGCAUCGACAAGAAGCUACGCUUCAAUGAUAGCAGCGCUGAUUUUGGUCGGGACUUCUUUACCGACUUGGAGGGAAAGGGGUCGGUUUGA